CGGGCAGUUGUUUCUUUUGUUGAGCGUUGACAAUUAGUAUAUAGCAAUGAUGAAAUCUGUCGUCCUGUUAGCCACACUUGUGUGCGUUUCGUCUGCCUUUCCCGAAUUCACGGUGGAUGUAUUAAGGAAGGAGUUAUCUGAAUUCGGGAGCGGCAACUUCGAAUCGAAUGUAGUUGAAUUGGCAAAGACACUUAAGCUGAACACUCUUGUUGAACUGAUUACCGAAGCGGAUAUUGCAGAAGAACUUACAGGUGACCUGACGGUUUUCGGCCCUACUGAUGACGCAUUCGAGGAACUUCCGAAGGGUGUUAUGGCGGCAAUUAAAAAUGAUGUGCAAAUGCUGACCGAUGUCCUGCGCUACCACAUCCUUGGAACCGAAGUCCACUUCAACCAACUUAAAAAGAAUGAGCUUCUUUUGCCAAGUCUUCUAAAAUCAACUUCCGUCCGUAUCAACACGUACGGCGAGCUUACCACAGCAACUGGAUCGCCUAUCUCGAAACCAGACAACAUCGCCACUAACGGUGUCAUCCAUGUAGUAGAUCGUGUCAUGUUUCCUAUUCCUAUGAAUGACAUGCUAACUUUGGUUUCUAAUAAUGCGAAUUUCUCAACGCUACUGAAAGCGAUUAGAGUUUCGGGCUUUGCAGACACUCUAAAAGGUGGUCCAUACACUCUAUUUGCCCCAACCAACGAGGCGUUCGAUAAACUUCCACCUGGAACACUUGGUAAACUACUAGGCAACAAAGACGAGCUAUUUAAAAUCCUCUCGUAUCACCUGGUAAAUGGAACUGUCGGUAUUGUAGAAAUACCAAAUUAUAUAGCAAUGAUGAAAUCUGUCGUCCUGUUAGCCACACUUGUGUGCGUUUCGUCUGCUUUUCCCGAAUUCACGGUGGAUGUAUUAAGGAAGGAGUUAUCUGAAUUCGGGAGCGGCAACUUCGAAUCCAAUGUAGUUGAAUUGGCAAAGACACUUAACCUGAACACUCUUGUUGAACUGAUUACCGAAGCGGGUAUUGCAGAAGAACUUACAGGUGACCUGACGGUUUUCGGCCCUACUGAUGACGCAUUCGAGGAACUUCCGAAGGGUGUUAUGGCGGCAAUUAAAAAUGAUGUGCAAAUGCUGACCGAUGUACUGCGCUACCACAUCCUUGGAACCAAAGUCCACUUCAACCAACUUAAAAAGAAUGAGCUUCUUCUGCCAAGUCUUCUAAAAUCAACUUCCGUCCGUAUCAACACGUACGGCGAGCUUACCACAGCAACUGGAUCGCCAAUCUCGAAACCAGACAACAUCGCCACUAACGGUGUCAUCCAUGUAGUAGAUCGUGUUAUGUUUCCUAUUCCUAUGAAUGACAUGCUAACUUUGGUUUCUAAUAAUGCGAAUUUCUCAACGCUACUGAAAGCGAUUAGAGUUUCGGGCUUUGCAGACACUCUAAAAGGUGGUCCAUACACUCUAUUUGCCCCAACCAACGAGGCGUUCAAUAAACUUCCACCUGGAACACUUGGUAAACUACUAGGCAACAAAGACGAGCUAUUUAGAAUCCUCUCGUAUCACCUGGUAAAUGGAACGUUCUUUAGUGCUGAAUUAAAACGUGUUGACAAAGUAAAAACUACCACGACAGAUGACAUCACAAUUAAAAUUUCUAGUGGCGAAUUAUCCGUCAACGACAAAGCCACCGUGAUCAUAGCCGACGCUGCAACAACCAACGGAGUCGCGCACGUGAUUGAUACUGUGCUCCUUCCUCCAAACGUGGUGUUCCAGUUAGUGAUGACAAAUGCAUAGAUAUUUCUCAUGUAUAUAACGUAUAAGGUUCCCAAAAAUAAAAGUAAAUUUUCGAAACUGUAAAUUGUUCGUCAUUACUUGCGUCAUUACUUGUGCACACCACACAACUCAUUUUCAAGAAAAUCCAACUAUUUUUAAAUAGUUUAAAAAUGCUGCAAAAAUAGCAAAAAUUGAAUCGAUAAAUCAGCAUUUAUAAAUCGAUGUUUAGUAAUCUAGAUGCGUUUCACAUCUUGUUUAUUUGGGAAUAAUUGUUAUUUUAGGGAAAAGGUACAGGGCAGCUACUAAUAAGUGUUUAAAAGUAUUAAUGAGAUACAUUGAUUAGGUAACUAUUUUAACUUGAAAAAA